CAGUUAACUGGCGGUGACAAUGUCGUAGAGCCAGCAGCGAAACGUAAACAAACGACGCCCACGGUGGAACCGAAUCCAAAAACCGAGUCGAACCGAAGUCCUGGCCAAAAAGCUGGCUGAGCUGCCAGAUAGUUCCUCACUGGCGUCGCGUGCGCUUCGUUUUGUUUUGUAUCUUUGUGUGUCAGCAUGUCAUUUUCCAGCAGCUCAUCGCCGCCCGCCUGGGAUUAUCGGAGUUCCACGGAUCACUCGAUCCUGUGGAGCAGGCAGAAUGCCACGGAAACUCCCACGGAAUUGAGUCUUCAGGCGAGCAGCUUGGGCGCCGGCCAUUUCCUCUGGCUGGCCAUCAAUGCGCUCCUGUUCGCCCUCAUCCUCGGCGGCAAUAUCCUGACCAUUGUGGCGGUUCGCACCUGUCGCCACCUCCGAUCGGUUAUCUCCAAUCUCUUCAUCCUCUCGCUGGCCGUCUCCGAUUUCUGCGUGGGUCUGGCGCUGCCCUACCAUUUGGUAUUCUACAUGGGCUCCGAUAUUGGCGAAAUGAGGGCUCCCUGCCUGCUGCGCUUCUUCCUGCUCAUCUGCGCCUGCUGCGUCUCCAUGCUCACGCUGAUCUCCAUCGCGGUGGAUCGGUACAUAGCCGUGGUCUAUGCCCUGCACUACAGAAGAUACAUGACCCGUCGCGUGGCCUACAGCAUCAUCGUGUCGAACUGGUGCCUGGGCGCCGUGGUGGCCCUGCUGCCGGUCUUCUGGAACCGAUGGCCCGAGGCGCAGGCCUGCGAAUUCGACGAGGUCCUGGCGCCCGGCUACAUAGCUGGCGUAAUAACUCCCGGCUUCGUGAUCAUCUGGAUCUGCAUGCUCCUCGUCUACUGGCGCAUCAUGCGCGAGGCCUCCAAGCAGGCGCAGCGCCUCCGCCAGUCGGUGGUCUACAAUGCGGAUGAGGCCACCACCAUGCGGAGUCUGCUGCUCCAUCCGGACUGGAAGAGCGUCCAGAUUGUGGUCUUCAUCAUGGGCUGCUUCACGCUCUGCUGGCUUCCCUACUUCUGCGUGGCCAUUGCCCAGCUGUUCAGCAUCUGCCGGAGCAGCUCGCUGAUCUACAAGACCACCUUCUCGCUGGCCAUCUGCAAUUCGGCGCUGAAUCCCAUCAUUUACUCGUGGAAGAACUCCGGCUUCCGGCGAGCCUUCGCCCAGACUCUCUGCUGCCGGACGGCGAGGCAGUGCGAGGAUCAGCUGCCGGCGGACAGCAAGCAGCGCAUGGAGGCCACCUCCUCCUCCACGGGCUACCAGCAGCAGCAGCAGCCGGAGAUCAAGCAGUAG